AUAAAGUAAAUGAAUAAGCGUAAUUGACUCAUUAUUCAUGUGAUAACUGACACAAACCUAAUAUAAAAGUUGAUAUUAAAACAUCCUUAGUGUUACGGACACAUUCGGCUCUGAGAUGUAAACAAGUAUGGCAUCGGCAGCCAGUGAUGUAAAUGAGGUUUUUUCAAGAUUAUUUGAUCAUCGGCCAUUCCUGAAAGGGGAAAUCGAGUAUUUUAAAAAAGAGUUUGAGGAAAAGCGAGGAGACAGAGAAGUGGAGCAGCUCUUCCGAUCUCUUGAACUAAUAACAGAGAUAAAGGAAGGGCAGAUUGAGAAGAUUGUCAACUCCUCAGAUGACAAUCUCCCACGCACAAUUGCAGACAUCCAAGUGGCUCUCCACAUGUUAGAAGAUACCAUUGAUACUGAGAAGAAAUUUGACUCGGAGGAGCUUCUGGCAAAAAAGAGAGCAGAAAGGAAAAGCAAACUCACAGCAACUCAGCAGGAGGUACAAGAGAAACUCAACUUCCUUGAAAACAACUAUCGGGAGAAGGAACAGGCUCUGAGAGUACAAUUUGAGAAUCUUGAGAAAAGUGCAGGAUUUUAAUUUCUCAAAGAAACUUCUUACUUUUUGUAGCCGUCACAACUCCUGGCUAACAUGUCCAAAAUGGAGGAUCAUGUGCUCAUUAUACCCUCAAAACGGUUUGUCCAAAUUCUGCAAGAGUUAAGAGAUGCAUUUGGGAGCCCACAGAGCAUCCAGCAGAAGAUCCCAGCGGGUGAGGGCUUAGCAGGAAAGGAAAUCAAACUGACAACACAGGACAUCAAGUGGUGUCAUGAGAAGAUGCGAGAGAGGGGCAUCCCAGAGCGCGUCCAUGAACUACUGGCAGAGAGUGAGAUCAUCUUGCCCAAAUAUGAACCACCCCCGAGGAGCCCAGAACUUGAAGCCAGGAUUCAAAGGCUGCGGUUCGAGCAAGAGAACCGCGACUACAAAGACAUGGUCAAAAGUGUGGAUAACGUUUACCAAGGAGAUGGAACACAGCUCGGAGAAAUUGGCAAAGAAAUGCGGAUUGUUAAUAGGCAUAUCAUUUCAGGGCUUCAGUACCUCUUGUCUGUUAUUGGCACUUUCUUUGCAGUAUUUAUCGCAUUGGGUAUGGCCACUCAGGACUACGGAGUGAGGGCUCUGGUAGCCACACUGGCUGCAUUGGCGGUCGGCUUAGCAGAAAUGUAUUUUAUUAUCAGGGAAGAUUUAAAGGAAGAAAGAAACCAGGAUAAAGUGAAAUAGUAACAACUAAAAAGCUGUGCCAAAAAUAUUGAUAAGAAGUUGAAAAGAAAAUGUGAUAAGAACAUCCAUUAUUCCUAUUUUACUUUCUAGUAGUAGUGCAAUAUAACUUAGUUGUUCCAAUGAUUUGUGUUUUAGAUCUUUUCUCUUUGCUUAUUUGAGAAUUUAUAUAUAUAUAUUGUUUUCUAAGAUAUCAAAUACUGUCCUUCAAAUGAUUAUUUGUUGAAGAAAAACACAAGACAAGUUACUUUGUAGAAUAUGUUGAAAAAAACUACAUAGGAUAAAGUGAAUAAUUGCACUGAAAAGUAUCAAAAUUAAUGCUGGAAAAAUAUGAAAAAUAAUUCUGAAUAGUAACAGGAACUUAUUGGGACAAGUUAACCCAGUGUUAGAUAAAAGUUGCUCAUAUUCUUGUGCAUUACCAAAGGGUUUUUCUAUACAAAAAAAAGGCAUUUAAAUCUUGCAUUUGAUAUCUUUUUUCUAUAGAAAUUUUUGCAUAAUUUGUAUUCUUUACUGCACAACAGAUAAUCAUGUUAUAAGUGUUUUGCUCACGUGGAAGGUUAGUGCCAAAUGCAUAUGUGAUUUGAUUGGUGAUACAGUUUGUAAGAUGGCAUUAGUAUGAUUUUCUACAUUAUUUUGCAUGUGCAGUGAAUGUGAUGUUAACAUUCCAUUUUCUAUUUGAUUGUGUUGUUUAGUAUUGUCUGUAGUCUUGUGUAGCAGAAUGUCACCCAUAAUCGGGUCACCAUAAGAUUGUGUACAUUGUUUAACUUAAAACAAAGAAGUAUGUAAUAGUGUGAAUUGCAUCUAGUUACCAAUAAAGUUGAAUUUUAAUGACCAUAUAUUUCUUUUGUCUUUAUAUUUUAUUAUAAAACAUUUGCUUACUCUUUUCUUGAUUUUAAUUCUUAUGUAUACAUAAACUGCUAUAAUUGAUACAAAUAUAAAAUUACUACAAUAAAUGUAAAUUAACUUUAGAUAUUUCAAAAUAACAAAGUAAGGAAAAUCUUUAGUGUACUGAAGAGGAAAGAGUAGAAUAAAUACAAAUUAGGUAAAUAACCAGUUGCUAAAUUUUGAAAAUGAUAUCAUAUUUAAGAGUAC